AUGAAGUCCACAACCUAUCUUCUCACUGCUCUUCUUCCCCUCACUCUGUCCUGGUCAAUGCUGCUCCAUCUGCGGAGCCUGACGACAUUGAGGACUCUGGUCUUGAAGACCGGGACACUUGCAGGGUCGAGCGCAGAUUCAUUUACUUCAAGUAUCCGUAUCAGUCGAGUGAUAGAACUGGCAGUGCCAACAGAGGCGACGAGGUUAAUUUCGACUACAAGUACAGAAACUGGUACAAGACGCGCAGGGGAUGGGUCAGAGAAGACGACAGGCCUCGUCGCUGCCGGGGACCUCGUCCCAACAGUUGUAACUAGAGCCAUGCGGCUCUCUAGGCCCCAGAAUACUAGGGAAAAAGAGCUCAAUAUGCUGGCUUCUGGGAGUGAAAUUGCAGGAUACUGGAGGUCCUCCUUCAUCGCUAUCCUUGUUUCAAGGGCCAAACUCUCAACUCCCCCACUAGUUCUCAAUGUCUUCGCAACUAUAUACCUAGCCGGCACUGUGAUGUUCGGUGGCGGCCCAGUCGUAAUCCCCUUGCUCCGGUCCUAUGUCAUCGACCCAGGCUGGGUUUCCAGUCGUGACUUCCUGAUUGGCCUCGCAAUACUCCAGGCCUUCCCCGGCCCAAACUUCAACGUUGCUGUCUUCCUUGGUGCACUCGCCCUCCGAACCACAUCCCACCCGACAGUCGUCGGGCUAGUCUUUACGGUCGUGGACCGGCUUUGGGAAAUUGGAUAUUUGGCUCCACUGGAGCGUGAUGGGCAGAGUCUGGCGAAGGAUCCCUGGUGGGUUGUUGUUUCUGCUGUUACCUAUGCCGAAAGUGCGUGGUUCGAGGUGCGUGGUUCAAGGUUCCGCCUGCGGCUGCAAUUUUGCUAG